UCUCUCUCUCUCUCUCUCUCUGCAACCAACGAAACCUCGGUAACACCGAGAGCAGGACCGGGACCGGGACUUUACCGGGACACACGGGAACUCGCACCAGAGGAAGAGAAGAAGAAGACGAGGAGACAAAAUGACAGAAAACAACAAAACCCACGUCAUCCUGCUGUCCUGCGGCAGCUUCAACCCCAUCACCAAGGGACACAUCCAUAUGUUUGAGAAAGCUCGAGAGUAUCUGCACAAAUCCGGACACUUCAUCGUGAUUGGAGGAAUCAUUUCGCCGGUGCACGACUCCUACGGGAAGCCGGGUUUAGUGCCCAGCAGACAUCGUCUCACCAUGUGUCAGCUGGCCGUGCAGUCCUCUGAUUGGAUCAGGGUGGACCCCUGGGAGUGUUACCAGGACACCUGGCAGACCACCUGCAGCGUGCUGGAGCAUCACCGAGACCUCAUGAAGAGAGUCACCGGCUGCAUCCUGUCCAACGUCAACACGCCGUCCUCGACUCCUGUGAUUGGCCAGCCUCAGAACCAGACUCCGCCCCCUAUCUACCAGAACCAGAACAACAUGAACAACAAGCCCACAGCCAUCAAACUGUGGGGGAAGGUGAGUGAGAACCUGGGGAAGAUCUGCUGCGUUCGCCCUCACAUCGACCGCUUCACCUUCAUCGAUGAAAACGCUAACCUGGGGACGGUGAUGAGAUACGAGGAGAUCGAGUUACGCAUCUUGCUCCUGUGUGGCAGUGAUCUCCUGGAUUCCUUCUGCAUCCCUGGCCUGUGGAAGGACAGUGAUAUGGAGGUGAUCGUGGGUGAUUUUGGGAUCGUGGUGGUUCCUCGUGAUGGAGCAGACACGGAGAAGAUCAUGAACCACUCGUCCAUCCUGCGCAAGUUCAAGGACAACAUCACGGUGGUGAAAGAUGAAAUCAGCCACCCGAUGUCCAUCGUCAGCUCCACCAAGAGCAGACUGGCCCUCCAGCACGGAGACGGCCAUGUUGUGGAUUACCUGAAUCAGCCCGUCAUCGACUACAUCCUGAAGAGCCAACUCUACAUCAACACCUCCGGAUAAACAGAGUCCAAAACCACCUCCAUCAGAGUCCAAAACCACCUCCAUCAGAGUCCAAAACCACCUCCAUCAGAGUCCAAAACCACCUCCAUCAGAGUCCAAAACCUCCUCCAUCAGAGUCCAAAACCUCCUCCAUCAGAGUCCAAAACCACCAUCAGAGUCCAAAACCUCCAUCAGAGUCCAAAACCACCAUCAGAGUCCAAAACCACCAUCAGAGUCCAAAACCUCCAUCAGAGUCCAAAACCUCCUCCAUCAGAGUCCAAAACCACCUCCAUCAGAGUCCAAAACCACCAUCAGAGUCCAAAACCACCAUCAGAGUCCAAAACCACCGCUGUUAGAGUCCAAAACCUCCUCCAUCAGAGUCCAAAACCACCUCCAUCAGAGUCCAAGACCACCAUCAGAGUCCAAAACCACCAUCAGAGUCCAAAACCUCCAUCAGAGUCCAAAACCACCGCCAUUAGAGUCCAAAACCUCCUCCAUCACAGUCCAAAACCACCGCCAUUAGAGUCCAAAACCUCCUCCAUCACAGUCCAAAACCACCGCCAUUAGAGUCCAAAACCUCCUCCAUCACAGUCCAAAACCUCCAUCAGAGUCCAAAACCACCUCCAUCAGAGUCCAAAACCUCCUCCAUCAGAGUCCAAAACCACCUCCACCAGAGUCCAAAACCACCUCCAUCAGAGUCCAAAACCUCCUCCAUCAGAGUCCAAAACCUCCAUCAGAGUCCAAAACCACCAUCAGAGUCCAAAACCUCCAUGAGAGUCCAAAACCACCGCCAUUAGAGUCCAAAACCUCCAUCAGAGUCCAAAACCACCUCCAUCAGAGUCCAAAACCACCUCCGUCAGAGUCCAAAACCUCCAUCAGAGUCCAAAACCACCAUCAGAGUCCAAAACCUCCAUGAGAGUCCAAAACCACCGCCAUUAGAGUCCAAAACCUCCUCCAUCAGAGUCCAAAACCACCUCCGUCAGAGUCCAAAACCACCAUCAGAGUCCAUAACCACCAUCAGAGUCCAAAACCUCCAUCAGAGUCCAAAACCACCGCCAUUAGAGUCCAAAACCUCCUCCAUCAGAGUCCAAAACCACCGCCAUUAGAGUCCAAAACCUCCUCCAUCAGAGUCCAAAACCACCACCAUCAGAGUCCAAAACCUCCAUCAGAGUCCAUAACCUUCAUCAGAGUCCAAAACCUCCCUGUGUGUUGUCUGUAUUAAAGUCCGGGGGCAUGCUCGUUGGAGAUGGAAAACUCGUACGCCGAUUUGUGAGAAAACCCGACUUUUAAAAUGGAUUCCAUCCUUUUCUCUGUGAAUAAACAAGGUCUUAACUCCAAAAUAAAUCAAACUUGUUUGACUAAAUCCGGCUUUACUCGAGAUGAUUGGAGUUUACUUGGACCAAACUAAAAUGUUUAAAUGAUGCAAAAAAGCAGAAGUAUUCUGUUCAACCGGUCUGCAGAGCGUUAUCUUAAACGACUUCUAAAAUAUAUCUCGCCUUUGUGAGCAAAGUGUACACGUCGUGUUGUGGACAGAACACAGGGAGAGGCAUUCAAAACUAAAAGGUAAACACUGAUUUCAAAAUGUUCCAUAACGACAACAUAUUUUGGUGAAAAAAGCUGUAAAAAUGUAUAUAAUUGGAGCAAAAAGUCCUAUUACAUGGAGGAAAUGUUCGUGAAAAAGUCGGAAAAAUGUUGAGGAAAAACUCGUAAUAAUUUGAGGAAUUUUUUUUUACAAUUGGAGAAAUAUGUCGUCAAAUAAUUGGAAAAAAAGUCGUAAUAAUUGGAAAAAAAAGUCGUAAUAAUUGGAGGAAAUGUUCGUAAAUAUUGAAGAAAUAAUUUCUAAAAUAAUUUGAAGAACAUUUUUUUAUAACUGGAGAAAGAAAUCGUCAAAUAUUUGUAGAAAAAACUCGUAAUAAUUUGAGGAACAUUUUUUUACAAUUGGAGAAAUAUGUCGUCAAAUAAUUGGAAAAAAAGUCGUAAUAAUUGGAGGAAAUGUUCGUAAAAUAAUUUGAAGAACAUUUUUUUAUAAUUGGAGAAAGAAAUCGUCAAAUAUUUGUAGAAAAAACUCGUAAUAAUUGGAGAAGAAAGUCGUCAGAAUUCAAGUAAACAUUCGUUAAGUUGUGAAAGAGUUCAACGCUUCGGGGAAGAUGUUUUAAUAUAUGGAGAAAAAAGGUGUUAAAACGACUAAAUAUCACCGUCAUGUUUGGAGACGCUGCAACAGAUGGAGAGGAGUUCUGCUGUCGCCGGGGUAUUUAGGGAUGUUUCUUCUUCAUGUGCUCUUAUUACGGUAUAGACUGCAUGCUUAGACAUGUUCCCUUUGGCGUGCGUGUUCAUCACGGGGAAGAGUGUGACCUGUUGGGAACCUGUUUGCAAAAACAAUAAAGAAACAACACAAAAAGAAUAUAAUAA